UUCUUGAAAAAUAUUCACUCCCUGUACAAGUUUUUUACUUAAAUUCUACUAGCUAGAUCUCUAUCUGAUUUUAUUUAAUUAUAUUUUUUAUUAACGAAAAGAAAAUGGAAAAGUAUCACUCUUUUAGCAUAGAUCAUCAUCAUGUAGUAAUUCCACAAGUACAAGAAGUUGAGUCAAUAAUCACCACAAAUGACAACAACAUGCUGUUAUUAAGCCCAUCCACAACAACGACAUCUUCAUCAUCCUCUUCCACUUCCAAUACAUCUCCGGCCACCACUCUCAGCCGCUACGAGAACCAAAAACGCCGUGACUGGAACACCUUCGGUCAAUACCUCCGAAACCACCGGCCACCGUUGACUCUAUCCCGGUGUAGCGGUGCACAUGUCCUUGAAUUUCUAAGGUACUUGGACCAGUUUGGCAAGACAAAAGUUCACACACAACUUUGUCCGUUUUACGGUCACCCUAAUCCACCAGCACCCUGCCCGUGUCCUCUUCGACAAGCGUGGGGCAGCCUUGAUGCACUCAUUGGUCGUCUUCGGGCAGCUUUUGAAGAAAACGGUGGGAAGCCGGAAACCAACCCAUUUGGUGCACGUGCUGUUAGGCUUUAUUUACGUGAAGUUAGGGAUUCUCAAGCUAAAGCUAGAGGGAUUAGCUAUGAAAAAAAGAAAAGAAAACGGCCGCCGCAGCUUCCACCGCCGCCUCCUCCUCCUCCGUCGUCGCAGCUGCCACCGCAUCAUCUUUCUUGA